AAUCUCUGAGCUCAUCAGCUCAUCAGCUAAAUCCCGCUUGUUGUCUGUUUGACUGAGUUGUUACAAGACGACUGAAGGAAAGUUUGAGACUGUGCGGAUGCUGUCGUCGCCUGUCUGCGAUUGGAAGAGCUACUGCUGUCUGUAUACACAACGCAUGCUUUUCCAAGCGUCAUAGGGCGACUGUAGUCAGUUGACAAGGUCAAGCAUGCAGGAUGGCGGUCUGCACUCUUCCAUGCUCGCCAUCAUCUUUCCCGGACCACACACGGGCUGGAGCUGGUGCCGCAUGAGACUUGCAGAGGACGUCUUCAAACCUGCUGCGUGCGUGAACUCUGGCCAAUUGCGAGAACUCCAGGUGGAUUGCGGAGUGUUCAAGGUAGCGGUGUGCACCUCAUCUCUGCUUCGAUCCUGCUGUGGCUCACGUACUGCAAGUCUGCACGAAGGCAACAGCGUAAUCAACUUGCAUAAGUCAAUUGCCGGGCACUCGAUCGUGUCGUCUCCAGCUCAAGCAAGCGUCACUUCGCUUGCAAUCGCCAGAAUAAUCUCAACAAUGACAGCUACAUUCAGUCGAUGGAACGCUAUCGACAAUCGCUUGCAUCGUAUUGCAAACUUGUCUCUCCACUGCGCCUAUUCUUCCAAUAGUAAACAGAUCAUCCCGUUUUGUGAUGUCAAGAAACAACAUCCAAACAGGCCCCUGCAUGAAGCACUUACCACGCGGAAAGGCAUCACGAGGGGUUCGUAAGGUC